AUGUCCGAGGCCGAGCAGAACGAGGUGCGUCCUCUCGCCGCUCUCCUUCCUGCUCUCUCGAGAUCGUCAUUGACUCUCUCUCUCUCGACCCUGCAGUACAAGUACAUCCUCGACGUCGACGGCAACGGCUGGUCUGGGCGCUUCCACCGCCUCAUGUCGACCAACUCGCUCAUCCUCAAGUCGACCGCCUUCCCCGAGUGGUACAGCGACCGGAUCCAGCCCUGGGUCCACUACGUCCCCGUCAAGGUCGACUACUCGGACCUGUACCCGGUCCUCGCCUUCUUCAAGGGCGCGCCCGAGGACGGUCGCGGCGGGCACGACGAGCUCGCCGAGCGCAUCGCGGCGCAGGGCAAGCAGUGGGCCGACGAGAACUGGCGCUGGGUCGACAUGCAGGCGUACCUCUUGCGGCUCCUGCUCGAGUACGCGCGCCUCGUCAACCGCGACGACCCGCACGUCUCGUACGACUACGAGCUCGAGUAA